AAAUUAUCGGCUGUAUUUUGACAUUUUGACGUUCCUGUUUGUGAUUUUUUAUUGUGAUGAUCACCCACCUAUAAUUAUUGGUUUAAAAAUUAAGAAAACGGAAAAACUCCUUAAUUAAUGAAAUUUUCGAGGAUCUAACAAGUUAUUAUUAAAACACAAAUAUGUCUACGGGACCCUACAAUUACUCUUACAUCUUUAAAUAUAUCAUUAUCGGUGAUAUGGGAGUGGGCAAAUCCUGCUUACUUCAUCAAUUUACUGAGAAAAAGUUUAUGGCAGAUUGUCCACACACUAUCGGUGUAGAGUUUGGUACAAGAAUUAUCGAAGUUUCAGGACAAAAAAUCAAAUUACAGAUCUGGGAUACUGCCGGUCAGGAACGGUUUAGAGCGGUAACUAGAUCGUAUUAUAGAGGCGCCGCUGGGGCUCUUAUGGUUUAUGAUAUAACCAGAAGAUCCACCUAUAAUCAUCUGAGUAGUUGGCUGACUGACACCAGAAACUUAACCAAUCCUAGCACAGUAAUUUUUCUUAUUGGAAACAAAUGUGACCUUGAAGGUCAGCGAGACGUUACCUAUGAGGAAGCUAGCAAAUUUGCAGAAGAGAAUGGUUUAUUGUUUGUUGAGGCUAGUGCAAAAACUGGUGAUAAUGUCGAAGAAGCCUUUUUAGAAACAGCAAAGAAAAUUUACCAGAGUAUUCAAGAUGGACGAUUAGAUUUGAAUGCAGCUGAAUCAGGAGUACAACACAAACCAUCUCAACCAGGUCGUAAUAAUUUGUCCAACGACCAGCAAGCCAACAAAGAUAACUGCGCUUGCUAGUUAUUUAGAACAGUUUGCAAACAAAUUCUGUUCUUUAAGCUAACUUUUUUAUUUACAAAAAUAAAUGAACUCAUAUUUAUUGAUUCCUUUCAGUUGAUAUAUACAUUAAAUGUUGAAAAUAGAGAUUAUAUUUGUAAAAUUGUGUACAUCUCUUUUAAAGUUAUUAAAUUUGUUCAAUUACUAAUCAGAGAAGUACAUUUAACAUGAGAAUUUUUAUCAAGAAGUUUCUUUUUGGAAAUAUUGAUAUACACAAUUUUAUCUGUUUAUGUAAAGAGUUAAUGUAUUAAAAUAUUCUCAUUAUGGAUUAACUAUAAUGUAUUGGAAUCAAGGAACAAUAUUGUAGGAAUAUAUAUACAUAUACUAUUUUUUAAGGAAAUACAUAAAUAUUUUUUUUAUUUUAAUUAUAUGCACUUACCUUUAUUAUUUAUCUUUAUCGUUUAAAGCCCUGUCUACACAUGACGUUUUACCUGUCAGUUAAAACGGAAAACCGAUUAGAGAACUGUCAGCAGUUCUUUAGGCGGUCUUCUGUCUUAGCCCCUUCUAGGUAAGACGGAUUAAAGACUAGCAUAUACACUGAAAGUUUUGCUGCGGUUUUUAUCAAUUAUAUUAUCAUUGUUUUUAGUGAAAUUGAACAAAAAACAUGGAAUUUUAAUACAAAAAGUGUAUGGUUUAAAUUUCAUUUGUAAACAUGCAAAGCUAAUUGUGAAAAUAAUAAUAAUAAAAGGCUUUUAUUUUUAGCUCGGGGAAGGCCUUUUAUUAUUUAUUAUUUUCACAAUUUAGCUUUGCACAGUGGCGGAUACCAUGGGACCAAACCCCCCCCCCUAAAAUCUAUAAAUUGGGUUAAAACCAAACCUUAAAAUAAAUUCCUGUAUCCGCCCCUGACUUUGCAGUUUUACAAAUGAAAUUUAAACUGUACUACACCUUUACAGCGCUUUCAGAUGGAUCGGAGCGUCCGCGCGGACCGUCCGCGAGUUUCAUGAGUUUAAAUGUACAAUUUCACAUGGGUCGCGUAUGCUCCGUCCAGAUGAUUUCGUCUGACAGCUA